UCAAAGAUGGCGGUACGGAAGAAAGACGGAGGCCCGAACGUAAAAUAUUUCGAAGCGUCUGACACUGUCUCGCAGUUCGACAAUGUCCGCGUCUGGUUGGGAAAGAAUUACAAAAAGUAUAUCCAGGCGGAGCCCCCCACCAAUAAGUCUCUGUCCAGUCUGGUGGUCCAACUGUUGCAGUUUCAGGAGGAGGUAUUCGGACGCCAUGUCAGCAACCCCCCCCUCACCAAGCUACCGAUGAAGACCUUCCUGGACUUCAAACCUGGUGGAGCUCUAUGCCACAUUCUGGCAGCCGCUUACAAAUUCAAGAGCGAUCAAGGAUGGCGCAGGUUUGAUUUCCAGAAUCCUUCUAGAAUGGACCGUAAUGUUGAGAUGUUCAUGACCAUUGAGAAAUCAUUGGUGCAGAAUAACUGUUUGUCACGACCCGUAAUCUACCUAAGCUCAGAGAUUGAGCCCAAACUGCUGGCCAAGCUCAAGGAUAUCAUCAAAAGGCAUCAGGGCUCUGUGUCUGAAGACAAGGCAAACAGCUCUCAUGUGGUUGUUCCAAUCCCAACAAGUCUGGAAGAGGAGGAUUGGGUUCGACCGGUCAUGAAGAGGGACAAGCAGGUGCUGCUGCACUGGGGAUACUGGCCUGACAGCUAUGACACAUGGAUUGCAGCCAGUGAGAUCGAGGCCGCUGUGGAGGACGCUCCCACACCAGAGAAACCCAGGAAGGUGCACGCCAAAUGGAUCCUGGACCUGGACCAGUAUAACGAGUGGAUGACGGAGGAGGACUAUGAGGUGGGGGAGGGCGGCGGGGCCAGGAGGAAGCGCAUCUCGGCCAAGACGCUGACGGACGAGGUGGCGACGCCCGGUGGCGAGGAGAGGCGCGACAAGAAGCCCGGCAGCGCCUCCAAGAAGAGGAAACGCUCGCGAUCGCCCUCCCCAGCACCCCCCUCGCAGGAGAGCAAGAAGAGCAAGAGCACCAAGAAGGGACCCACGACCCCCUACACCAAGUCUAAGCGUGGGCAGAGGGAAGAGGAGCAGGACGAGGGGAGCAAGGAGGCUGAUGAGCCAUCACCUACACCCCCAGCUGAGGACAACGCAGCGCCUAAAACAGGAGCCAUCACCUACACUACACCACCAGCUGAGGACAGCGCAGCGCCUAAAACAGAUGAACAAGAGGAUGAAACCAUGGAAACAGCAGGCAAGGAGGAAGAGGAGGGUUCCCCCAGUGUGAAAGGGGAGCCAGUGAAGGGCUCAGAUCUCCACGAGGACAACGUGACUGAACAGACCCAUCACAUCAUCAUCCCCAGCUACGCAGCCUGGUUCGACUACAACAGUGUCCAUGCCAUAGAGAGGAGAGCCCUCCCUGAGUUCUUCAAUGGCAAGAACAAGUCCAAGACACCUGAGAUCUACUUGGCAUAUCGUAACUUCAUGAUCGACACAUAUCGCCUGAACCCCCAGGAGUAUUUGACCUCCACGGCUUGCCGCAGGAAUCUGGCUGGAGACGUGUGCGCCAUCAUGAGGGUGCAUGCGUUCCUGGAGCAGUGGGGGCUGAUUAACUACCAGGUGGACUCUGAGAGCCGCCCCACCCCCAUGGGCCCCCCUCCCACAUCACACUUCCAGGUGCUGGCCGACACCCCCUCCAGCCUCAUCCCCCUGCAGCCCAAAACAACGCAGGUUAACACGCAGUCCUCCACCACUCAGCAGCUGCUGUCCUUCCCAGAGAAGGUCAAGGACAAACCAGCCGACCUCCAGAACUUCGGCCUCAGGACCGACAUGUACAAGAAGACUGGACCCAAUAAGAACAAGAAUGCAGCCAGUGCCACCAGAGACUGGACCGAACAGGAAACACUGCUACUCCUGGAGGGACUGGAGAUGUACAAGGACGACUGGAACAAGGUGUCGGAGCACGUGGGCAGCCGCACGCAGGACGAGUGUAUCCUGCACUUCCUGCGGCUGCCCAUCGAGGACCCCUACCUGGAGGAAGGUGGCGCCCCCCUGGGGCCGCUCACGUACCAGCCUGUGCCCUUCAGCCAGUCGGGCAACCCCGUCAUGAGCACCGUGGCAUUCCUGGCCUCCGUGGUGGACCCCCGCGUGGCAUCGGCCGCCGCCAAGUCAGCACUGGAGGAGUUCUCCCGUAUGAAGGAGGAGGUCCCUGCUGCCCUGGUGGAGGCGCAUGUGCGUCGCGUGGAGGAGGCGGCCAGGAGCAGUGGGAGGCCCGACCCCCUCUACGGCCUGGAGGGCAGUGGCAUCGCCGGCACCGGCCUGGAGGACAACGACAAGCCAGCCAUCGUAGAGGUCAGCAGGGAAACAGCAGGAGGGAAAAUGACAGAGGAGAGCAGCGAAGAGGGUAAAGGAGAAGGACAGUCCAGCGAAGACAAGAAGGAGAACAAGCAGUGUCCCUCUGCGACCGCACAGGAGAGCAAAGAGGAGGCGGCGGAUGAGGAGGAGAAGAGUGGCAACGCCAAGAAGGAGGAGGAGAGAGCGAGGGAUGCAGAGAGAGCCCGGGACGGAGAGAGAGAGAGGGAGAGGCCCAGGGAUGGAGAGAGCGAGAGGGAGAGGGAGGCGGAGAAAGCAGACGUGGAGAUGGGUGAGGGCGAUAAGGAGCGAGAGAAUAAGAGUCUGAUGGAGGAGGGCCAGAAGGAGGCAGAGAGCGAGCUGGAGCGCAAGGCCAAGGUGGAGAGGGACGUGGGGGAGGGGAACCUGGCCACCGCUGCUGCCUCAGCCCUUGCUGCAGCCGCCGUCAAGGCCAAGCAUCUGGCUGCAGUGGAGGAGCGUAAGAUCAAGUCUCUGGUGGCCUUGCUGGUGGAGACGCAGAUGAAGAAGCUGGAGAUUAAACUGAGGCACUUUGAGGAGCUGGAGACCAUCAUGGACCGCGAGAGAGAAGCGCUGGAGUACCAGCGUCAGCAGCUGCUGGCCGACCGCCAGUCGUUCCACAUGGAGCAGCUGAAGUACGCUGAGAUGAGGGCGCGCCAGCAGCACUUCCAGCAGCUGCAGACCCAGAACCAGAGCCAGCAGCAGUCCAACACAGCCACCCCCACCACCGGCCCCCCCGCCGCCACCGCCACCCUGUUACCUGGAAACAACCCCCCGGCAACGGCCCACGCCACCCCCAGCACUCCCAGCAACGCCAGCGGCGGCACAGCAGCGUUGCCUAGCAACAACAACAACAACAAGAACCCGUCGCCGGUCACCAGCCCGGCCCCGCCCAGCGCCACCCAGAGCAGCACCAGCGAAGCCACCACCCCGCCCAGCGGCGCCCAAGCACACACACACUCGGCGUCCUCCGCUAGCACUCCGGCAACAGAGUCCUCCACGCCAGCUGACCCCGCCCACCCAUCCACUCCCGUGGCUGCCACACAGUAGAGGAACGAGGGAUGAAGGAGGCCAGAGAAGAGAGAAAGAGAGAGAGAGAGAGAAAGAUUUAACUGACAACAGAAAAAAGCAAGUGAACUUUAAAGAGGUCCGUUUGCCCUAUUUGGAACUUUUAGGAAUACCAAAACAAAGAAGAAGAAAAAAACAAAAACACCUUCCCCUAUCUCCAGAAAUGUCCAGAAGUAUUUGGAAAUGCUGUUAAGUAAAACAUACACAACAUACAGUACCUAAACCCCAACACUACACAUUUUACACUUUCACUUCCACACACACAAUGACUCCACUAAAAGAAAAUCUUUUUCUUUGUUAAUGUGUGCGCCAAGGUCAACUGAAGGUCAUACACAGUAUAAGCUGACCAAGCCCCUCACCUGGGGUGCAUUUCUUGAAACCAAAGUUGCUUACUACAUUAGCUACUUUGUUGUUUUCAAUGCAUUUUCCCAUUGGCAACUUCCGAAGUUGCUAGCAGGCUAACAACUUCUCUUUUGAGAAAUGCACCCCUGUUUAGGUGACCAGCUUUAGAUCAUGUCAAACCUACACACCAAAAAACAAACAAACAAACAAACAAACAAUCAAAAGCUAAAUAGUAUUUGAGUACUGAGAAGCCUCCCAGUCAGAGGCUUGAGAGAGUGACGUCUGUUCAAGUACCAACCAUAGCAGGCAGACAAUCAAAGGAUUCAUGCAGUAAUUGGAUGGCUUUUAUGUAGUACAUCCAUCAGCAAGUAAAGACAGCGAAAGACCCUCAGCUACCUAACAGGCGCUCGGUGUAAAAUACCACCCGGUCAGCAUGUAAAUAGUGCUCGUUAUUACCUUCUGCGUGUGUGUGUGUGUGUGUGUGUGUGUGUGUGCGUGUGUGUGUGUGCGUGCGUGCGUGCGUGUGUGUGGUAAGCUUCACACACAGAUUGUCCCGUCAUAGUCAGAGUAUGGUUAAAGUGGCUCCUUACCAGUGUUAGCCCACCAGUAUGCUGUAACCCCAGUUGGCGUACCAGAGGUGUGUCCAAAUUCACUAAGUUUAUGUUAGGCAUCAGCAUUUGUUUUAGUGUGAUCUGUUACAGGCAUACAGUAUUUUAACUAUUUGAAAUCUAUUUGGAAUGUUUGCACAGAAAACUCAAAAUGUAAAGGUUUUUUUCUGAUUGUUUACUUUUGUCACGCACUUCAGUCUAUUGGAUUUGAACACACCUCACCUAUAGACUGUUCAUUCCAAACCACUUAUCUGUCCUUAGUUUUAGCUUGCCCAUUCCCAUGUUCAACAGCUGGGCUGGUUUAAAAAGUUUUGUUCCAGUCCAGCGCCUGUUUUGAUUGGCCGAAACUUGCAGCGUUCUGUGACGUUCUGGAACUCUAUUGAAUAUUAACCCUUGGACACCGUAACCCCAAAGUAUCGCCAUGGAGAUCCCUCGUACAAGAAAGAUAAGACAGCAGAAAAAGAAUGAAGUGAAAAUUAAAAAAGAGGAAGAGAAGAUAGACAGAAUUUGCACUUUUUGAAUUCAAUUCAGUUGGAUUUGACUUAUUUAUGAAAUGCCAUUGAGAAUGAGCGCCGCACAGAGGUUUGAAACCUUUUACCCUACCUACUCCUGGAGUAGAGAUGUCAAAAACCCUGCCACAGAUUCCCUCUCACACAGGGUGACUGACCUCACUGAGGAACUGGGCACGAUUGUGAUGAAGCAGUGCUGCUUUUGCUAGGCAGUGGGCAUGCACACUUUGCCAG